GAACACAACAACCUUCUGGCCCAAUUCUAAAAUUCCACGCGUGCAUGUAUAUAAAUCCUAUCACUGAUACCGAUAAAACAAGUCACAUGUGCCCCGCACUCCGCAACGCCAAAAAAUCCCCCCAAAAAAAUCCCCCUCCAAAGCCACCACCUCCAACAAACACCAAACUCUCCCCCCUCCCCCAAAAAUGCCUCUCAUAAUCCUAACCGGUUACCCCUGCUCGGGGCUAACUCACCGCGCGAACCAGCUCGCAGCUGGCCUCCAAGAAACCCAAGAGACCGUGUUCGCCGAGUCCGAGAAACCGCCCUACAAAAUCCAUGUUGUAUCAACGCAUGAUGAAAACCGCCCGCGCACCGUCUACGACCAUGCGCGCACGGAAAAGGAAGCCCGCGGCGUGGCGUACACGCGGGCGCGCCGCAUGCUUGGGAAGGACAGUUUCGUGAUUCUCGACGGCAUGAACUAUAUCAAGGGGUAUCGGUAUCAGCUAUGGUGUGAGGCGAAGGCCUUGGGGACGACGUGUUGCGUUGUUCACGUCGGAACACCAAUUGAUCAAUGCGUCGCGAAUAACGAGGCCCGGAUUCAUCGCCAGUCUCAGACUCAACCUCAAUCGGAUUCUGAACCCCAACCUCAGACCGAAGACACAACGUCAGCUACCGAUACAGCUGCAGCUGCAGACACAGAGAAAACCACAGACACAGAACACCCCUACCCGCCCGCCCUCCUCCAAAACCUCAUCUUCCGGUACGAAGAACCAAGCACGCACAGCAGAUGGGACAAGCCCCUCUUCACCGUCCCCUGGAGCGACGCAAAGCCCCCAAUCGCCGAGAUCUGGACCGCUCUAACAGGCAUCGCCCACCCCGAGACAACCACCGAGACUACGGACCAACUACCAACCCUAACGUCAGCCCUCACAAACACACACCUCUCCUCCGCCGCGUCGAUAGCGCCCUCGACGACAACCAAAGGAGGGGGAUCGUUCCGCCGCGAACGCCCGAAGAUAAAGCCUCACCUUGCAACCGUGCAGCCGACUUCUACUGAGUCGGGUCUUCUCUAUAGUAUGGAGAAGCGGACGUCGGCGGUGGUGUCUGCGAUUCGGAGUUUUGUGGUCGAGAAUCCGUCUGCGGAGGGUGCGUUGGCGAAGGCCGGGGAUGAUGUGGAUGGGAUUAGGAUUGUCGUGCCGGAGGUGGAGACGGCGGUGUUCAUACCGGCGCAUGUGGCGAUGACGGCGACAACGGAUGAGCUGGGUGGUGCUGGGGGCAUUCUGGCCGUGCCCAGAUUGCAGAGGUUGAGGAGGCAGUGGAUUACGUUGAAUCGAACUUAUGUGGCCAGGUUAGCGGGGACUAAGUCUAGUAUGGGGGCGGACCAGGUUGGGGAUGCGUUUGUGAGGUUCUUGAAUGCGGAUUUUGCGGGAGAGGGGGCUGCUUGAUUUGUUUUCUCUACUGGAUUUGCAUGGAGCGACAAAAGUCUGGGUGUCUGUGUUUAUGAGCGUGUGUGGAUAAAACAUAGAUAUGGUUUGGUAGCUGUAUUACGGUUUACGAAUGAUGAUCUGAUCUAACUCUAAAAUUUUUAUGAUUUUGUAGAGUGGAAGCCUUUCGACGAUGUGGUUGUGUUUUUGAUGAGAA